GUAGCCAUGGAUAAACGCACUAAAUUAUCAAUAUGCUUAAUAGCAUUAGAAAUUUUGAACGAAAGUAGCACUGAUAGUUCUUCCGAAGAUGAACUAAUUAUGAGAUUGCCAAUUCAAGUUCGACCUCGUGUUAAAAAUUAUAUGGAAACAGUCAAUGAAUAUUCGGAUAUAGAAUUUAAGAGUCAUUUUCGGCUAUCGCGUGUAGUGUUUACAUAUUUAUUAAAUUUAAUAAAACCCAGCUUAGAAAAGCAAGGUAAUGGAUAUGGACGGUGUCCAAUUCCUCCAGACGUACAAUUACUAGUAGCACUAUGGACUAUGGCAACACCUGACUCAUAUCGAUCAGUUUGUGACCGAUUCAAUAUUGGACGAGCAACUGCUUGGCGUGCUAAUAGAAAAGUCUGCUCAGCAAUUUAUUCUUUAGCACAUAAAUUUAUUAAAUGGCCUGAUGCAGAGGAAGCAGAAUAUACAUGGAUAGAUAUACAAUACAAAUAUAAGUUUCCAAAAGUACUUGGUGCUGUAGACGGUACCCACAUACAUAUACAUAAACCAAAGAAACAUGCAGAAAGUUAUGUCAAUCGAAAAGGUUAUUAUUCAAUACAGUUACAAGUUAUAUGUGAUUCCACCUUAAAGUUCAUACACUGCUAUGCAGGACAACCAGGAUCUGUGCAUGAUAUGCGUGUAUUCCGACUAAGUGGCAUCCAAUCUAUGUGCACAGAAAAUUAUUUUCCACAUAAUAGUCAUCUAAUUGGUGAUGCUGCCUAUGCUUUGCAAAAACAUGUGAUGGUGCCUUAUAAGAACAAUGGCCAUUUGUCAGAAGCACAAAUAAAUUUUAAUCAAAGUCUAUGUUCGGCCCGUGUAAUGAUUGAAAGAGCCAUCGGUUUUUUGAAAGGACGUUUUCGAAGUCUUUUAGAUAAAUUGUAUAUGAAACGGACGGAUCUCAUACCCCAAUACAUUAUUGUUUGUUGUGUGCUGCAUAACAUUUGUAUUUUACAUGAAGAUUUCAUAGAUGAUAUCAUAAUUGCCGAAAUAGAUAAUAUUGCUACGAUUCAACAUGGUGUUGAUGAAAUUAAUGCUCAAGAUAAAGAAGAAGGCAUUCAAAAAAGAAAUGCACUAACAUACAUGUUGAAUGAAAGAUUAUAAAUCAAAGUAAAAAAAUGCUUUUUGUUCACUUUCAACGAUCCUUGGUCCAACAUUCUUGUCACUGCUUUCCUAGUCCAGUAGGAUCACUGUUGUCUGAUUG